AUGGGCCGCGAGUAUCCAUUAGGCUACGAAUAUUUUCGGACAAGAUUACAUCGUGCAUUUUCAAGCCAAGCAAAACUUCAGAAUGAUGAUGAAAUUAGGAAAGGGAUAGCGAGGGCUGAAUUCGUUAAGAAAGGUUUGUACUAUGUCAAACGAUACCGUGCGUUGAAGCAACGCUAUGAAGAAAACAGAUAA